AUGGGUGCAAAGGCUAGCAAAAAUACUCGAAGUGUUAAAGCAACCCCUAAACCACUCGACCCUGCUGCAUGCAAAGAUUGCAAAACGCCGUACCCAACUGCAGAGCAUUGGUGCAAAGUAUGCAAUGGAAGACGCUUUGCUACGCAGUUUAAGGAAUGGACAAGUGGAAACGAAGACAUUGAUACUUUCAUUCAGGAAACGCAGAAUUCCGCUACUGAACCGGGGAGGAUCUUGGAAUGGAUAGCAUACGAAAAGUUCGAAGACGUUGAGAAGAUUGGAAGGGGUGGGUUUGGUACCGUAUAUCGGGCUAAAUGGAAGGACGGUUAUAUAAGCGAUUGGGAUCCUGUUCGGAAACAAUGGGAUAGGGCCGGAGCGACAACUGUCGUGCUCAAAUCCUUGGACAAUUCCGAAGAUAUUUCAUCGGGCUUUCUUAAAGAGCUCAGAGCAUAUGUAUCUCUGGAAAAACACAGAACAUCUAAAUCGAAAAGUUCGACAGAGAUUAGCGAGGAUGCAGAAAGGCAUAUUCUCCCUUGUUACGGAUUUACAAAACAUCCAACUUCUCGUAACUUUAUGUUGGUCGUCGAAUAUGCUACCGAUGGCAAUCUACGAGAUUACCUACAUGUGAACUACGAUAGCACGCCCUGGAGAUAUCGUCUAUCGAUACUCUGGACGCUGGCCGAGGGUUUGAGAAUAAUUCAUAACAACAACUUGGUACAUAGAGAUUUUCAUUCGGGAAAUGUGUUACAGCAAGGAUUGUAUUCCAGAAUCGCUGAUGUGGGUUUGGCUCGAUUACCGAAUGGUGCGUCAUUACCGUCUAACGCAGGUCCGCUCGGUGUUAUGCCUUAUCUGGCACCGGAAAUACUUCGUCACGGAUCAUAUUCCAAAGCAGGAGAUAUAUUCGCUUACGGAAUCAUAAUGUGGGAGAUAUCAUCGGGACAACAACCACACAGCGACGUUGCUCAUGAUCGCGAAUUGGCUCUUCAGAUCUGUGCUGGAUCACGACCGCCCAUAAUUCCUGGUACACCCGAAUGCUAUGUAGAGCUAAUGGAAAAGUGUUGGGAUGUUGAUCCUGCAAAGAGACCUACUGCAGAGCAAUUGUUGUUGAUAAUGGGACAAUGGGAUAUUAAUGUGAUUAGAGCUGCUGAGGAAUUUAGACGGAAGACGUUAUUGUUUCAGAAGGAGCCUGCUCAUCUGUCGAUGAAUAUUCAUCCAGAUGCUGUAUAUGUCAGUAGAUUAUUGCCUAAUAUCAGCAGUUAUACUGACAAAGAUAUUGCAGUGAAAAAGCAGAGGUCAAAAUGA